UACAUACGUCACUCGAUGGCGUCACGUGACCAGGAAGCGCGCGCUAUGCACGCGGAGCUCUCUUCCCGUUUUGAAGUCCAAACAUCCAGCAGCACCAACAUGAUGGCAGAGAAACGGGAUCUGAUCAUCCAGUGCAUCAGGACUUUCCAAGAUUUUCCCACGAAAGGAAUUCCGUUCAAGGAUAUUUGUCCAAUCCUGAAGAAUCCCGAGGCUCUGACUGCAGUGACAGAUCUGUUUGAGGAAUACGUGAGAAACACACACCCUCACGUGGAUCUUAUAGUUGGACUUGAUGCUCGAGGAUUCUUAUUUGGGCCGCUGUUGGCUCAGAGAUUAGGAGUAGGGUUUGCUCUUGUCAGAAAGAAAGGGAAGCUUCCCGGCCCAACGCUAUCAGUGUCUUACAGUCUGGAAUAUGGACAGGCUGAGGCGGAGAUGCAAGAAGAUGCCGUUUCUCCAGGACAGAAGGUCCUGAUCAUAGAUGAUUUACUGGCCACAGGGGGAACGCUGUAUGCAGCAUGCGAGUUGGUUAAACAGCAGCGGGCCGAAGUUCUGUCCUGUCUGGUGGUUGUUGAACUGAAAUCUCUCAAUGGAGCCGACAAGCUGAAACAAACUUCAGUGUUUUCUAUUGUACAGUACUGACAGCAUAAUACAUAAAACAGCUGCUCUCACAUUAGUGCAUCAUAUAUUCUUUACCUUGAAUAUUAAAAGGUGUAUUUU